GAGUCCGAGUCCCUUAUUUCCUUCCUUCUCUCUCGUAUGGUCUCUGGGUCGUCGUCUUCUCCUUCUUCUUCUUCAUCUUCGUAAAACUUGUUCACCCAAGUUAUACAAAACUGUGUUUAUAUAAGGGUACUUUUCGUUUCUUACCAUAACUAGCUCACUAGAACAAAAAACCCCAUUUAAAUUCUUACCCUUUUAGAACCCCACCAUUACUAUUGAACCAAAAGAGAGAGAAACAAGCUUUCUUUUGGUUAUAUAUGAUUUUCUCAAUUGGGUUCUGACCCUUUUCAGCUCUCUCCCGAUUCACACACUGGGAUUUGUUUAUUGGGUUUUUGAGUUGAUAUUGGUGAAGAAUUUUUGGAUUCAAUGUCGGGUUUGUAUGCUCAGAAUUUCUCAUCAGCUACGGGUACAGCUACAGCCAGAGCUCUUUCACCACAUAUAAGAACCCCACCUGAUGUCGAUAGUCAGUACUUGACAGAACUUUUAACAGAGCGCCAGAAGCUUGGUCCGUUUGUUCAAGUUCUUCCCAUAUGUAGUCGACUCUUGAAUCAAGAAAUAUUGCGAGUUUCUGGGAUGAUCCCCAACCAAGGGCUUAACGACUAUGACAGAAUGCAACGUGGAAGCCCUAGUCCUGUUGCUUCUUCAGACUUAUUGCCAAAUUACAGGGGAACGAGCAUUAGUAGCUGGCAUGGGCUGUCCCAGGAUAGACUAAGUGGACAACAAGGAAUGAACAUGGAGUGGCAAACAACCCCACCAAGCCCAAGUUCCUACACUGUGAAGAGGAUAUUGCGGUUAGAUAUUCCUGUAGAUAACUUCCCAAAUGUAAGUCAUUUCAAUUUUGUAGGCCGACUUUUGGGUCCUAGAGGCAAUUCUCUAAAGCGAGUGGAAGCAUCCACAGGUUGCCGAGUUUAUAUUAGAGGAAAAGGUUCAAUAAAAGAUCCAGACAAGGAGGAGUCCUUAAGAGGAAGACCAGGCUAUGAGCAUCUGAAUGAGCCAUUGCAUGUUUUGAUUGAAGCUGAAUUACCAGCCAAUGUUGUCGAAUUACGGUUGAGACAAGCUCAAGAAAUCAUCGAAGAACUUCUCAAACCUGUGGAUGAAUCACAAGACUUUUAUAAGAGGCAACAAUUGAGAGAACUAGCCAUGCUAAAUUCCAACUUGAGAGAAGAGAGCCCUCGACCAAGUGGUAGUGUCUCUCCCUUGAUAACUUCGAGUGGGAUGAAGCGUGCUAAAACGGAUUUGUAAAGUCAUUCAAAUCGAUCUCAUUGGUUCAUCCAAUGCACAGCUCCAACAUUCUUACCUUGACAUAUGACCCUUGUUGUAUAUCAAAUCUGCAUAGCAGCAAAAGGAGAAGAGAGCACCGUGAUGAGUACUGGAAUGGUGAGCUUCAUUAAGUGAAGGUUGUCCUUUGGUAACAUUAACAUAUAAGAUUUACGAGGGAAAGGAGAAAUUUGUUUGUUACAGCUAUUGUGGUUAAAGUGGUUGUGUUUAAAGAAAUAUAAAGUUUAUGCAUGUUGGAACAUUAUUUUCUUAGACUUUACCUCAUCCAAUGUUGAGUACAUAUAUGAAUUCUUUAAUAUAAUGUAUUUUUUAAUGUUUCGUUUGA